AUGAAUGCUCAGCAAUACACUGAGGCAGCCAUGGACAAGAUUAAAAUGAAACAGAUUGCACAAGGUGACGUUGGCGAUAACAAGUGUGUUGUGAAGCUUCUUGAUCAUUUCAAGCACACGGAUCCAAACAGGCAACAUCUGGAGAACAUUUUGCUCUGUUCUACCAUCAACCCUGAAGCGGAUGCUCGAAAAUCUGGUCCUCCUCUUGUUUUUCAAACCACUAAGGACAAGACUUGCGGAAAGAAACUUCCGAAGGACCCAGCCGUCGCCGGAGACAAGAAGAAGAAGCGCUCGAAGAAGAGCGUCGAGACGUACAAGAUCUACAUCUUCAAGGUGCUGAAGCAGGUUCACCCCGACAUCGGGAUCUCGAGCAAAGCCAUGGGGAUCAUGAACAGCUUCAUCAACGACAUCUUCGAGAAGCUCGCCCGCGAGUCUUCCAAGCUUGCGAGGUACAACAAGAAGCCGACGAUUACUUCCAGGGAGAUCCAGACGGCUGUAAGAUUAGUCUUGCCUGGAGAGUUGGCGAAACAUGCCGUUUCUGAAGGGACCAAGGCGGUUACCAAGUUCACGAACUCUUAGAUUUGGAAUUGUUUGUAAUGGCUUUUUUAAGUUUUAACUAGUUGUUGGUAGUUUUAAGCU